CUUUGAGGAAACGUUAGCAUAGCCCUUAUAGUCUCUGGCUUUAGAUGCAACAACACCAUGGCCGACAAAGCACAGAUACAAGAGGCGAUUAAAACACAAGGAGAAGUCGUGCGGAAACUGAAGACAGAAAAAGCCAGCAAAGAACAGGUCAGUGUUCAACGCCAAGCACGACGAUGUUCCUAAAUGUUUUACGUAUAGCGGGACUGGGAUGGGAUGAACAGACACGCGUGAUACAUAUGUCAUGAACGAAGCUACCGGUAGUUAGCUAUAGCUAUCUAAUCAUGCCAAAAUACGGGCCCUUGCCUGUUCACCGUCAGAUGAAUGAAUGGCAAAUGAUAUUGCCAGUUCAGUUAGAUGUGGGAUUUCAUGGCUAUUACAAAGUAAAUCAUGAAUGCAAUUUUUCUGAUGCAUGUUAGUUAAUAAUUUUGCUUCAAGUUAUACAGCUAGUAGAAGCUAGUUACCAAUCCAAACUGAUGCAAUCCCCUUGUAAUUUGGCACAUUUAGCAAGAUAGUUGUCACUAUGCAUGGGCUGGUCAUUCGUUGUGUAUAAUUCAACAUGUUUUCGUGCCUGUGUAAAUUCAUGGUUCCUUUUAAUGGCUGAAUGUUGAGCGUCCAGAGGUAGUUUUGGGUUGUGUUAAAAGCACACAAUUUCUUCCGUGACUACUGAACACUGUACAACGCUUGUCAGGUCUAGGGGUAGUUCUAGUCUGAUUCCCGCCCCCACCCAUGUCUCUGGGCUGUGAUAGGCCGGUUGGUUUGAUUGUGGGCUGUGAUAGGCCGGUUGGUUUGAUUGACCCCUACCUCUCAUGUUUUGUCCUCCAUGUUGUGAUGAUGCGUCAUGCCCGCCCUCCUCCCUAGUGAUAGGGUUGCUCACCACUUUUCUCCUGUUCUUCCUGCUCGAUGCCAACAACCCUGCUGGGGUCAUACCUUCAUCUACGUCCUUCAUCUACCUCCUCCUCUAUCUCACACGUCACCAUUUGGAAUCCAAACACUCCCGACUGGAUAUUCCUGGAUAAUCCUGCGUUUGGAUUGGAUAACCCUGCGGUCACCUGGCAUUCACGGACUGUUAUUGGACAACAUGGCAUGGUGGACUUUACCAUUGGACUGUAUUGCUGCUCUGAUGCUGAACUCCUGAACGGCCAUUUUGGUUGUUUUUCAUUUGAUUUUGUUUUGCUUUCCCUGCUGGGAUGAUUAACCUGGGUAUGGUGUCCCUGCGUCUUUGUGCGGGGUUGGCGGGCCGUCGGUCUGGAUUUUGUGCCUGCUCUCUACGCACCCUCUCUGGGUUGACUGUGUCUCAGGUAGGACCCUGACUCUGGAGGGUGGGAUGGGGGAGGAUCUGUUCAAGGUCCUGAUGAACGUUGAACUGUGUUUGUUUGUUUCUUUCCUAGAUUGAUGAGGAAGUGGCUAAACUGCUAGAGCUGAAGGCUCAGCUGGGAGGAGAUGAAGGCAAACACCAAUUCACGCUCAAGACUGCAAAGGUAAAUACUGCCACCAUGGGGAGUGCACCUCACAGGCAGUGGAGGAACAUUAAGAUAACUUCUUGCAUAACACUACUACUACUAGUCUUUAUUUAAAAUCUAAAUCAGCAGGUGAUGUAUUGCUUAUGCACUCUUUCUCUUCCUCCAUCUCUCUCUCUCAGGGAACCAGGGACUAUAACCCUAAGCAGAUGGCCAUCAGAGAGAAAGUCUUCAACACCAUCAUCAGCUGUUUCAAACGCCACGGAGCCGAGACCAUCGAUACACCCGUCUUUGAGCUGAAGGUGUGUGGAAGGCACACAGAGACGCACGCUCACACAGAGACACACACAAUGUUGACAAUGAAUAGAAAGUGGUAAACUAGCCCGUGGAUUUGUAAUACAUCAGGAUUUUGUGCUUAGGUGACAAUUUUCUCCCAUCUAUGGUUUUGAAGGAAACGUUGACGGGAAAGUAUGGUGAGGACUCUAAGCUCAUCUACGACCUGAAGGACCAAGGAGGAGAGCUGCUGUCCCUUAGAUAUGAUCUCACUGUAUCCUUGUAUUAGUCCUGAUUGCAUACAUUGCUAAGUGGGCUAGCCUGCAAGCUGGUCAGUUAAUUCCCUAUGUUUUUCAUGGUCAUGCCUCUAAAGCAAACCAACUGUAUGUCCCCUGGUGGGUUUUAACCAGGUUAGGAACCAAUCAGGUGUCUACUAGUCCUUGACCCCACCCCCUCCCAGGUGCCUUUCGCCCGUUACCUGGCCAUGAACAAGGUCACCAACAUCAAGCGCUACCACAUCGCCAAGGUCUAUCGCCGUGACAAUCCCGCCAUGACACGCGGCCGCUACAGGGAGUUCUAUCAGUGUGUAAGCAUCAGAGCGAUGAGUGACCGGGUGACAUGCAAACCCUGGUUAGACUUUCCACAUCAGCUAGAACACUGGAAUCAUUUUUGCUUUCUGCUACAUCCAGGUGUUUGUGGACACACAUGACCCAUUUUCUUGCUAAGUGUGUGUGUUUCUCCCUCUCCCAGGAUUUUGACAUUGCAGGCCAGUACGACCCCAUGAUCCCAGACGCUGAGUGCCUGAAGAUCGUCCACGAGAUCCUGAGUGAGCUGGAGCUGGGAGAUUUCCGCAUCAAGGUAGGUCAGAGCGACACACAGCACCCACGGUCAAACAUCUUGAGAUGCAAUAUGAAGCAAGGAAUUGAUGAAAGGUGUGUAUAUGUGUAGCCAUACUCCUAUCUCUCCCCCCCACCAUAAUAUCCUCUCUGUGCAGGUGAAUGACAGACGUAUUCUAGAUGGAAUGUUUGCAGUGUGUGGAGUUCCGGAUGACAAGUUCCGUACCAUCUGCUCCACAGUGGACAAACUGGACAAGGUAAACCCACUGCACCCAACCCAAACCUUAUGUGGUUAAGGAAAUGGAAUGCUAAACAGUAAACAUGAACAAUGUUGUAAUAUGCAAACCAAGUAAAUAAAGGAUACAAUUUCUCCCUUAUUUUCUCCACCCUUUUCUAUGCGUCUCCCUGCUUUUCUCUCCUAUCUUUGUGGUCUUUCCUCGUCCAACCCCCCCUCCCCCCCCAGAUGUCGUGGGAGGAUGUGAGGAGUGAAAUGGUGAAGGAGAAGGGUCUGUCUGAGGAAGCAGCCGAUCAGAUCGGACAGUAUGUCAGCUUGCAGGGUGAGGACAGGUCACACACAGACUGACCUUUGAACUUUCCCCUGGUCUGACCCUGUCUGUGAUUGUUGUGUGUUCCAGGGGGGAUGGACCUAGCUGAGCGCCUGCUGCAGGAUGCUAAGAUGUCGCAGAGCAAGCAGGCAUGUGCCGGCCUCACAGACAUGAAGCAGCUCUUCAGCUACCUGCAGCUCUUCCAGGUUACAGACAAGGUGAGGGGUCAGAUCUGACAGGUUGUCUGGUGACCAAAGUGAUAUGACUGAGGUAAUGCGUCUCUAUGGAAAUCUGUCCAUCAACAGCCUACUCCGUAGAGGCAUUUAGUUCUCAAUGAACAGCAAUAGUUUUUUUGGGUCAAUGGUUAUGUAGAUAUGUGUGAUGAUAUGAUCAGCUGAAAUAAGUCAGAGGAUUCAGUCCCUUUUUCCAAAUCACUCAUCUCGUGUUCCUUCCUACUGUCUCCUCUCAAACUAUCCUCUCCCAGGUGGUGUUUGACCUGAGUCUGGCUCGUGGGUUGGACUACUACACGGGUGUGAUUUAUGAGGCCAUUCUGACCCAGACCAGCCCGGUCCCCAUUGCGGCGGCCCAGAACGGGGUGGGUGAGAAGGCAGAGGAAGGCGUGAGCGUGGGCAGCGUGGCGGGCGGCGGGCGCUACGACGGCCUGGUGGGCAUGUUCGACCCUAAGGGCAGGAAGGUGCCGUGUGUGGGGGUCAGCAUCGGCAUUGAGAGGGUCUUCUCCAUCAUGGAGCAGAAGGCUGAGGUAAGGAAUGGGGACGGGGCAUUAUCAAACAGCCAGCUCUCCCCACAGGGUGGUCUGUUCAUAAGUGUCAUAGAGAAACUGUGUGUGUCUGACUGGUGUGUUGGGGUCUGGCUCCCCAGGCAUCGGCGGAGAAGGUGCGCACCACAGAGACUCAGGUCAUGGUGGCCUCGGCACAGAAGAACCUUCUGGAGGAGAGACUCAGACUGACCGCUGAACUGUGGAAUGCUGGGAUCAAGGUAAGUGUGUGUGUUCGAUUUUAGAUUGAUGACACAGUGAGUUAGAUAGUGCGUGUGUAGAGUUGAUUUCCACUGCUGAUACGGCUGAGUGUGGGCAGUGGCUAUUCAUAAGAGGAACCUUAUAUAACUGACAUGACCGUGUGUUGUCAGGCAGAGGUGAUGUAUAAGAAGAACCCCAAGCUGCUGAGCCAGCUGCAGCACUGUGAGGACACUGGGAUCCCCCUGGUGGCGAUCCUGGGGGAGCAGGAGCUCAAGGACGGGGUUGUGAAGCUCCGAACGGUCAACAGCCGAGAGGAGGUGAGAUUCUCUCACACACACACACACACACACACACACACUUGAAUAAAACACCACCCCUCACACGUUUCUGUUUUUUUUUCUCUCAGGUUGACGUGUCCAGAGCCGAACUAGUGGAGGAGAUCAAGAGAAGGACCUCAGACGUCUAAGUUAUGGAUUUGCCUGACAACACCCCGCUUCAUCACCCGAUUGGUCCAAAAAGUUGUUUACCACAGGUCUCACCGCUGAGCACCCAAAGCCCUCAACAUGCCAACCAAGACAUCAAGUCUCAACUGCGGAAUUUGUCAAGAUUACCCAAUAGUUUCACUUGUCCAGGCCUCGCAUAUUAGUGGUCUCAAAAGGCAGUGGUUUCAUGCAGACUACCCAGACACCUGCGUACCCUCAAGGACGAGGAACUUUGAUAAUGUACAUAAGACAAUAGUAUGACAUGGGUAACAUUGCAAUAGUCACUGUAUUAGCCUUAGUCUGAGCCCUAAAGGUUAAAAUGCCUGUCCUAUCAGAAUGCCAAUAAACUGAUAUUUAACUCUG